GAGAGAAAAAAAAUUAUUACACUGCUACACAUUAUUAUUAAAUUAUUAUCCAAUUAAUUAGUUUUUUUGUAAGAUAAAAGUAUUAUAAUAUUUUGUAAAAAUGGUUGAAGAACAAAGAAAACGUGUUGAAGAUGCAAUGUCAAAAAUUGUUGAAGACAUUGAUAAAUCACAUUUAAGAAAAAUUCAAGGUGAUAUGCAUAGAUGUGCAGCAAAAUGUUGUGAUAAUAAAUCAUACAAUUCACAAAAAGUACAAAGUUGUGUUGAAAAUUGUAGUGGUCCAUUGAACAGAGCUCAACAAUAUAUUCAAACUGAAUUUGAACGUGCUCAGAAUCGUUUGCAAAGAUGUGUCAUGGAAUGUAACGAUUCAAUUCGUGAUAAAAUGGGUCCAAAUCCAUCACAAGAUGAGGUCAACAGUUUGAGUGAAGAUUUUGAAAAAUGUGCAACAAAAUGUGUUGAUACAUAUGUUGGUUUACUUCCAGCUCUUCAAUCAGCAAUGAAAAAAGCACUUCAAAGUGAUAAAUUUAAUUAAAAUAAUUGUUGAUUAAUAUAUUAAAAAUUAAUUUCAAUUUUUAGACUUGCUUUUUGAUGAUAAUUAAAA